AUGAACACCUACCCUCUCACCGAUCGCGACUUUACGGUCAUCCGCUUCCGGGUCAUAUUCCACAACAUCUUAUACAUCUUGUUCGUGGCGUCCAUCUGCUUGAUGGUGGCAUAUCAGGUGUUCCUCACUUCGUCCCAGUUCAAGGCCAGAAACUGGGUUGGUAUCAUUCUUCCCCUGUUUACCGGCAUGUCCGACCCCCGCAUCGCCAUUCUGCACGAAGCAUCGACCCCCGUUCUUUUCAUCGGAUGGCUGUCCUUGGGUGCUGAAUGGUAUUCCGCCUACCUUGACACCAAGAACUCCGUGGCCCACAGUUACGUCCCCGGUGACCUCUACGCCGAGCGAGUUGGUUGUAUCCACGGUAGCCCCGCAUGCGAUAUCCUUACCUGGUACAUCAUGUCCGUCUUUGCUACCUCUCUGUGCUUUUUCGCAGAGUUGGUAGUGAUUAUCCACGUGCACCAUCGUGAACAAUGGCGGGAUAUUUUCGUUGGCCUUCUCCGCCGCCUCUUCCGCUGCUCUGAACCCUCUGCCGCCGUCACCAGUGAUGUCGGAGAGUACGACAUCUAUGGAUAUCCCACCUCCGAUCCCAACCAAGCCCCUGCCAGCCCCCAACCUUCACACCAGAUCGGCGUCCUGCCCAUCACAUUUCCUCACUCCGCUGCGGUCACCUCCUCUUCAAGAGUACCCUUCGCCCCCUGCUUCCCACUCAGCCAAGGCGCUCCCGCCGCCGCCGUCUCUGCAUCAGCAAGAGUUGAACUUUCCAGCGUUCGAUGCUACCAAGCCCCACGCCCCCAGCAAGUGGUCGACCAGAUUGAGGUCCUCGAAUACCUCCACACGAACAACUCCCGCUCCUUGUAUGAGGGAGAGUCUGUUGUCUACUCUGUCCCUGCACACAUCGAGACACCUCAUCCUGUUAGGGGGAGCUUGGCCAACCUGGUCAAUAUGUUGGGAUGGAACAUGUAUGGUGAUGUCCCGCCGCGCGUCGAUACGCCCCACCCGAACCCCUCCCGCCCUCGGCAAUAA